ACUCUUUCAUCGUAUACCGCCAACAUGUUCACAAACCUUGCUUCUCUGCUGCUGGUUAGCAGUCUCGGCAUGGUCGAUGCACUCUCGAUGCCAGAGGCGGCAUCUUCCUUUACCUCUCUACUUGCAUCUUCUCUCAACAACGCUAUAUCUAACACUCUUGUUGCCCGGAAGGGUGGCUCAGGUGGCUGUCCAGCGAUCUGGACAACCAUCUCUUCUGAUCUCACCGCAUCUUUCCUAGGCUCUGAUGGCCAAUGCACUGAUCUUGCGAGAGCUGCUAUCAGAUUUGCAUUCCACGAUGCUGGUGGUGCAGAUGGUUCCCUUCUUCUCAAUGCCGACGAGAUCAAAAGACCCGAGAACGGAGGUUUGGGUGAUUACCAACAAUGGUUGAUGACAAAGUACAAUACGUACAACCGAAACGCAACCGUUGGUGCCGCAGAUCUAAUCCAGUUUGCUGGUUCUCACGCCGUCAUUACGUGCCCCGGAGGACCUCAGAUCAAGACCGUCGUUGGCAGAACAGACGAUUCCCGGGCAGCUCCCGACGGCUUCCUCCCGGCUGGAUUUGGCCCUAGCUCGUCUCAUGAUGUCUUGUACCAACUCUUCCUCGACAAGGGCUUUAGUGCUAGAGAUCUGGCAGCUUUGCUUGGUGCACACUCCACUAGCAAAGCGUUCACUCAACAAGCCAACGGCAUUCCUUACGGCGGCCAGCAAGACUCAACUCCUGGUAAGAACCAUGCUAACGCUCAAAAACUUAAGNGCAAGUGGGACAUAAACUACUACGCUCAGGUCAACAGUCCUCCCGCUGGUACAUACCGCUUCCAGGCCGACAUUAAUCUUUCCAACGCAUCAACAACUGUUGGCAAGCAAUUUCAGGGCUUCGUCGGCAACCAGGGCAAGUGGACCAGCUCUUUCGCUGAUGCCAUGGCCCGCUUGAGUGUGUUGGGCAUUCCUGCUUCGGUGCAGGCCAACUUCAUUGACUGCACAAACGCACUUCCCAGAGGCACGUCUUCGAAGAGAGAUAUCCGUGCUGCCCCCAUCAAUGAUCGUGCGCGAUAG